AUGCUUUUUGGCACUAUCAAAAAAUUAUUAUCUAGUGAAUAUCAAGAAUUUGACGAUACAAUUUUAAUUGAAAGCCCAUUUAAAGAAACAACGCGAGAUGGCAGGCACAUGUUGCGAUUUGUGCAGCUAGGUUUGAGCUCAAGAGCUUUUAUAGUUGCUUCUGAACAUGAUAUAACUGGAAAAAAUACUACAACAAGUGAAGGUACUCCACUAUGUCGGGAAUCUAGCGUUAUAGAAAUACUUUCACUGUACCCCUGGGAAUCAAUAAAAUUGACUGUUUUCAAAAGAACCAAAAAGCAGACACUUAAAGCUUCAUUCAUUAAUAAAGGUAUAAGAUAUUUUGAACUGCGAGACAUACCAAAAAAGAAGAUAUUUUGGACUCUAUGGUGCAAUAAUAUAAAAGAAGUAAAUAGUUCGAAGAGAAAAUGGCCCUUUUCACUAUCGCCUCAUGCAAAGGCCAAUUGGAGUAAAAAAACAGAAGGUCGAGUUGCUGAAUGCAUAGAAUUACGUUUCAUAAAACAUGGUGAAAAGAAACAUUCUAAAUGGAAAGACAAAUACUUAUAUUUAGGAUCCCAAAGGGAAGCUGAAGACAAAGUUCGACCUGUACCAAUACCCGGUCUAGGGCGCGCUGAAGAGAUAAAACUGUUAUACCUGAAACCGCGAUAUUUUGGAUGUUGGGAGCAAUCCGAACACUGGGUACAAUGUGGCAAUAGCUCAUUAGAUAUAAUCAGUCAAAAUUAAUGGCGUAGCAACAAGUUUUACCAUGGAGCCGAGUAGAAUAUUUAGGCCUGUUUUCUCCG